AUGUCUGGCUGGGAUUUUUCAAUCUAUCAAUGUUUCAAUAACUGGGUCAUGUUUGGAUGGGCUUGCCUUGUGCCUUGUGGAUUUUGUUGUAUGCAAAUUGACAAUGCCAAGGUUUCCAAUGAUGUUGACAGCAAUGCUGGAUUAAUCGCUGGGCUCUGUGUUUGUUGCUUAGGGCCCAUUGGGGCUAUAUACAAUCGAUAUAAGUUAAGGCAAGCCUUGAAGGUCGAUGAUGAUAUAAUUGCUGACGUGCUUCAGACUGUUUAUCUACCCUGCUGUACCGUAACUCAAGAAUGGCAGCAUACGAUGAGCGAAAGAAAAAGUAAUCCGCGAGUCGCUAUCUGGCAGCUUCAUUAA